AUGGCAUCCCGAGCGUGCGGCCAUUCCGGCCUCCCGGCGGCUCGCCGGCACGCGGCUCGCCACGCCCUCCUCCUCCCGGCGGCGGCUCCCCCGUGCGUCUCGCAGCCCGCUUCCCGUCGGAGAAGCCACGCUCACCUAGCCUGCGCCGCUGCCGGCCUUCAUUCCACGGAAGCACACCGCGGGCUGGAAUUCUCCUCCACUAGCAGCGCUCCUGCCCUCUGCUGGACUAGCUCGGGUGCUCCCCGGGUUGUCUCCUCUUCUUACCUUGUAAGAUGUAGGUCGUUGUCAUUGUUGAAGCCAAUAAUAAGGCAUGAUGUCAGAGUGCAAACAUCCAAUGUGAACCUUGGAGCUGGGAGCUAUGAUGGAGAUCAAGCAGGUAGCCAUGGAGAACAGUUGGAUAGCUCUGGUACCAAAAGUACAAAUGAACCAGCAAAACCACUCGCGGGUUAUCGUUACAUUCAAGCUAUUGCUGUGGUGCUACUUCUGUGCGCACUGGCAUCUGCUUUCAUUGUUUUCUUUAAAGGACAGCCAUCUGCAGUUGUAGCAGCGCUAGCAAAGUCAGGUUUCACGGCAGCAUUUACACUGAUUUUCGUAUCGGAGAUUGGAGAUAAGACAUUUUUCAUUGCUGCACUACUCGCUAUGCAGUAUCAGAAAGCAUUGGUUUUACUUGGGUCAAUGGCUGCUCUUUCCCUGAUGACUAUCGUGAGCGUCGUGAUUGGACGGAUCUUUCAGUCUGUACCAGCACAGUUUCAAACAACUUUGCCAAUAGGAGAAUAUGCAGCAGUUGCGCUCCUUGCAUUUUUUGGUUUCAAAUCAAUUAAAGAUGCAUGGGCACUUCCAGAUAAUACAAAUGGGAAUCUUGAAGAAAACUCUGAAUCUGGCGAACUAGCUGAAGCUGAGGAGCUUGUUAAGGAAAAGGUUUCACAGAAACUCACCAGUCCUCUGGCGAUUAUCUGGAAAUCCUUUAGUCUUGUUUUCUUUGCAGAGUGGGGAGAUCGCUCUAUGCUGGCUACAAUUGCUUUAGGUGCCGCACAGUCCCCUUUGGGCGUUGCUAGCGGGGCCAUAGCUGGACACUUGAUUGCAACUUUGUUUGCGAUUAUUGGAGGAGCAUUCCUAGCCAACUACCUGUCCGAGAAACUGGUUGGUCUGCUGGGAGGAGUACUGUUUUUGCUGUUUGCCGCUGCCACACUUUUUGGUGUAUUCUGAUCUGUCUGAAGAAUCUGCUGCUAGCAGUAGUUUUUCACAUUGCCAAUGUGGUAACCCAUUCUGAAGUUUGAGGGGCAUUCCACUCUGAAGUUUUAGUUGCGCAAAUUUUAUGUAUGUAAUUGUAAUUAGGUAUUCCUGGACUUUUCAGAAGAUUUUGAUGUGUAUAAUUGUUGUUGUAUCUUGAAUGUCAUGUUAAGUAUGUCUUGUAGGAUAUCUGGAUUCCUUUUGUGUGUGAACACUAAACGCUGUCAUCGUAUCUUCGAGAGCCCAUUUAGCUAAGGCAUGUACCUAUCCCAUAAACAAAGGCCUGAUACCUCAUUGUAAAUUUGUAAUUGCAUCUCUGAUAUCAAUAAAGUGAAAGACAGGGGUUGUCUUCA